GGAGGAGCUUUGAUCAUUGAUGCCGAUACUCCUAGCAUUGGCACAGAUCCUUGUCGAACCAUUUGGAACAUCUAUGCAGUGAAUAUCGACGGAUCAUAUACUAAUGGACCUAUCACACUAUCUCGCAACACCAAAUCAGCUCUUCAAGGAUUGAUUUUGGCUCCAAAUGCUGCCAUCUUGGAUGGACCUACUGGAAACUUUGCUGGAUUGCUGGUUUCUAAUAACUACAAUUGGCAAACAUCCAAUGUUAACAUUUUAGAUUUUACAACUGCGUCCGGCGGCUUGUGUAAAUCGUUCCUUGGGUGUGCUCCUAAUCAAAAUACCACUAGCACUAGCACAUUGCCAUCUUCAUCUGUAAGCGUAACAACGUCAUCGGGCUCAGCAUCAUCUUCGACAGCAUCGUCUCCUGCAUCAUCGUCAGCGACAUCGACAUCCAGUGUUGCUUCCACUUCAAGCAGUGUUACUGGAGGAUCAUCAAGUACAGUAACUACAUCCUCGGGUGCUUCAUCACCUUCGGUGACACAAGUCUGCGAUCUGUCAACAUCAAUUGAUCUGCCAAGCCUCCAGCUUUCAGUAUUCAAUGGUAUCUUCCUAAACGACUUUACAUCCAGUAUCACCGCAGGCUUGUUUGGAAGUGCUGGAAGCUAUGGUCCAAUUGCCGUUGGAAACAAUCUGUAUGCACCUGGCUACCUCAUUGCAGAGAAGACUAACUUGACUGCAUGCACCAUCAAUGCAUCAGGAUUUGUUCAACUUGGUCUUGCUGUUGGAGGUA